GAGGCGAAUGGCAUUGGGUAUUUAUAUAGGGCUCAAAUAUAAUUGAGUUGUAUAAUUUCUCUCUCUUCCUCUGCAAAAUUGGGUUUCUCUCUUCGAUCUCUGAUCAGCUCCCUUCGCCGGAAAAUCUCGACGCCAAUCGAGGGAUCGCGACGAUUCAUCGGCGGUUGCGGAAUCACGUAGCUUUCCGGGGAGGUUUGCUUCAGAUCUGGUAGUGUUUGGCUUGGGAUUUUGAUUUUGGGUUUCUGCUUCGGUUUUGUUGGUUUUGGUGGCGUGUUUGAGAUGAAAUUGAAGGAAAGCUUUGAAAUUUAGGGCUUUUUGGGGUUAUUGCUGCAUAUGGAAGAGGGAAUGAGAAGUGGUGAUCGUUCGAGCGGUUUGGUGAAGAGUAGGAACGCCUCAGGAUGUUUAAUUAUUAAAAAGAAAGGUGAUGGGGUGAGUGGGGCUGGUUCUUCGGGUUCGCAGGGGUUAUUAGAAUCUAAGAAGGAGAAGAAGAGACCGCGAUUGGUUCUUAGCGAUUCGGGUUCGAGUGAUGAACUGUUAGAAUCUCGUCGGCCAAGGGUUCUAUCUGGGAGUAGCCAAGCUGGUAAUGGUGUAACUGUUUUUAAACAGGGCGUUGAAGAGAGAAAUUUUGGUUGCAAUGGUGUAGUCGAGAGAAAGAGAAGUAGGUUAGAUGUCUUUGAGUUUGACGAGUAUGACAGAAUUGAGGGGAAAAAGCAGAGGAAGAAGGAACAGAUGGAUAAUGGGGAAGUUGGAGGAAGAGGCUUUUUGGGUUCAAAGCAGGUGCUGCAAAGUAGCAGUCGAAGGGAAUUUGAGACAGGUUCAAGCAGACAAGAUAUUGUGUAUAGGAGAAAACAUUCUUAUUUUGGAAAUACAAGUGGCUCAUUAGGAGAAAGGAACAGGGGAACUGAUUAUUCUGAGACUAGCAGGUUUGAGAUGAAAAGGGAUGGAACUCGGGUACCAGUUUCGUUGUUGAGGGGUCACUCUGAUGAACCCAUCCGACUGCAGGGAAAAAAUGGUGUUUUGAAGGUGAUGCCAAAGAAGAAGAAUGUGGGAGGGUCUCUCAGAAGUUAUGAUCCCCAGGAAGCUGAAGACAUUAGAAAGGUGUCUAGGCCUGUGGAUAGCAUGAAGAGGAACAUAUUGAUUCGCCCUUCAUCUUAUUCAGAAACAAAACUUCAUGAGAAACCAGGUUCAUUUGUUGGAGCAGAGAAAAAACACCCGAACUUGAGAAAAUCAUUACCCACUAAGAAGAGUAAAGCCAGCUACUCGGGAUCAGAGGACAGUGACACAUCAUUGAAGGUGGGUUCAAAGAGUGUGGAAGCCCAUAGCUCUGGGAAAAGGGGAAAGAGUGAAGGAGAGAGGACUCCACCGUCCGAAAAGCUCCCACCAACUAAAGGAAAGGAAGGAAAAGUUAAGCGUGGUAGUGGCACCGAGAAGCAAUUAUUACGUGAACGAAUAAGGGGAAUGCUUGUUAAUGCAGGUUGGACAAUCGAUUAUAGACCUAGAAGGAAUAGAGACUACCUAGACGCUGUUUACAUUAACCCCACAGGAACAGCAUACUGGUCCAUCAUUAAGGCUUAUGAUGCUCUCCAAAAGCAAAUUGAUGAUGAGGAGAGUAAAUCAAAACCUAGUGGUGACCUCUCUCCCUUUUCUCCCAUAGCAGAUGAGGUACUCAGCAAACUGACAAGGCAAACUCGUAAGAAGAUUGAGAAAGAAAUGAAAAGGAAACAAAAGGAUCAUGCUGGUACUAAGAAUACAGAUGCAUAUACCAAGGAUGACUCAGAGGAUGCAGAUGACAUUAAGCAUGAAGAGAAACUAAGCUCAUUCAUAAAGCAGAAUGGCAAGUCGAUUAAAGGAACAUUAAGGCACGAUCGGGGUGAAAAACUGUCUUUUGCUUCCAAUUCUUUGGUACAUGGAAGGAAAAGUAGAAAAAUUGGCAGAUGUACUUUGUUGGUUCGCAAUUCUGGCAAGGGACUGAAUUUGGAAACUGAUGGCUUUGUUCCAUAUACUGGGAAACGAACUCUUCUGUCUUGGCUUAUUGACUCUGGAACUGUGCAGUUAAGUGAGAAAGUGCAGUAUAUGAAUCGCAGACGCACAAAAGUAAUGCUGGAGGGAUGGAUCACAAGAGAUGGAAUUCAUUGUAGAUGCUGUAGUAAAAUCCUCACAGUUUCAAAGUUUGAAAUUCAUGCAGGGAGCAAACUUCGUCAGCCAUUCCAGAACAUAGUUUUGGACUCUGGGGUUUCCCUUUUGCAGUGCCAGGUAGAUGCAUGGAAUAGACAAGAGGAGUCUGAACGUAGUGGUUUCCACCCUAUAGAUGUUGAUGGUGAUGAUCCUAAUGAUGACACUUGUGGUAUCUGUGGAGAUGGUGGGGAUUUGAUCUGUUGUGAUGGGUGUCCCUCAACAUUCCAUCAGAGCUGCUUAAAUAUUCAGAUGCUUCCAUCUGGUGACUGGCACUGCCCUAAUUGCACAUGCAAAUUUUGCGGAAUGGCUGAUGGGAGUAAUGCUGAAGAUGAUACAACUGUCAGUGAGCUAGUUACUUGCAGUCUAUGUGAGAAAAAAUAUCACACAUCGUGCAUUCAAGGGGUGGAUGCUGUUCUUUCCGAUACCAAUAAUCCAUCCACUUCUUUCUGUGGACAGGGGUGCCGGGAGCUCUUUGAACAUUUACAGAAGUUUAUUGGGGUCAAACAAGAACUGGAGGCAGGGUUUUCAUGGUCUCUCAUUCAUCGCACAGACCCAGGCUCAGAUACAUCUGUCCGAGGAUUUCCACAAAGGGUGGAAAGCAAUUCUAAGCUUGCUAUUGCGCUGACUGUUAUGGAUGAGUGCUUUUUGCCCAUUGUUGACAGGAGGAGCGAGAUUAAUUUAAUCCAUAAUGUUCUCUAUAAUCGUGGAUCAAACUUUAAUCGGCUGAACUACAGUGGUUUCUACACUGCAAUUUUGGAGAGAGGUGAUGAAAUAAUCUGUGCUGCAUCAAUCAGGAUCCAUGGAACCCAGUUAGCAGAGAUGCCGUUCAUUGGAACUCGCCAUAUAUAUAGGCGCCAAGGGAUGUGCCGUCGGCUUUUUUGUGCUAUUGAAUCGGCUCUUUGCUCUCUCAAAGUUGAGAUGCUAAUUAUUCCAGCUAUAUCCGAACUCAUGCAUACAUGGACUGUAGGUUUUGGUUUCAAUCCUCUUGAAGAAUCCCAUAAGCAAGAAUUGAGGUCCUUGAAUAUGUUGGUGUUCCCGGGUACAGACAUGUUACAGAAGCUGCUUCUGGAGCAAGAAACUGCUGAUGGAAACAUGACUGCUAGUCCAGGUACAAAGUCAGUUGAAUCCAAAGGCAACAAUUGUAAUACACCUGAUUUGGAUAAUAAAUCUGAUAUAGAUUCAUCCAAUGGGCAUGAUUUAUCCAUCCAUAAUCAUUCCAUUUCACAACAUUCAAAUGACAGAAAUGACAAUGUCUGUGCUUCUGACUCUAUUUCCCUGACCCCAGCUGUUCCAUUGACUAAUCCUUCUAUCAUGAGUGGUGCUUCAGAUGCUCUUCAUGAACCUGAAAUCCAAGGCUCUGGUGAGGAGACGAGAUGUUCUAAUUCUGAGUCCGGGGACAAGUUGAAUGAAGCUACUGAAGCCAAGUGUCCUUCUCCCUCUUAUGCAAGUUGCAAUGUUCUUGAGAUAGAAAAACAUGUAUUUGAUUCUCCUGGCGAGGGUGAUAUGCAUUCUCCUUCUGAGGACAAAGUCGGUGAUGCUCGUGACUCAAAUGUCCAAGUCCCUGGAGAGGGGACUAUAUGUUCUAGUUCUCAGUCAAGGAACAAACUAGGCAAACCUGGUAGUGACUUCAACUGUCUAUCUGCUUCUGAAGCAAGUCAUAAUGGAAAAGCCAUGGUGGAUUCUCCUGUUGAAAGUAAUAGUCGGCCCUCUGAUGAGUGUGAAGAUGGUAAUGGUCUAGAAGUAAAUGCUGAAGCCCCUGGUGAGGGGACCAUUUGUUCUAACUCUCAGCCAAGUUACAAAUUACCUGUAUCUACUACAGGUAUGGACUUUCUCCCUACUUCUGAAGUGAGUCAUGGCAUCCUCGAGGUGGAAAAGCUAGUAUCAGAUUCUCUAGUUGAAGGAAAUGUUCUGUCUUGUGCAGAGGGUGAAGCAGGUGAUGCUCAUGAAGUAAAUACCCAGGUCUCUGGUAAUGGGAUUACAGGUUCUAAUUCUUGCUUCAAGGACAAAGUAGCUGAACCUCCUAGUGAUGUGAAGCCCCUCUCUCCCUCUGAUGAGAGUUUCAAUAUCGAGUUCAAAAAACCUGUAUUGGCUUCUCCUGUAGAGGUCAAUAUUCAGUCUUCCACCAAGGGUGAAGUGGAUGAUGCUCAUGAAGUAGGUGAUUCAGUUGCUUCUGUUGAACCUGUUUCAAGUGAAAUUUCUGCUCAGAAAAUAACUGAGGAAGUUGAUAAAAAUCAAAAACCUCUUCCUGUUUCUACUUUUGAUGGUACUGAUGAGAGUACUAUACAGUCCAACUCCAAUUUUAAUAAUCAGAGUGCAUUUGAGAUGGAAGGUAAAUCACAUGUGGCUUUGGAAGUUGCCUCUAAUGCAAAUGAUUAUGAAGAAAACCGGCUAAAGGUAUCUGCUGAAAAUUCAGGAACUGAUGAGUGUGAAGGGAAAGCUGGAUCUAUUAGUGUUUAAAAUGAUGCCAAUGCCUCAUGUUGAGGCUGUAGCAGUGCUACUGACUUGGAUUUAACAAUGCUGGAAUGGUUUUUUUGGUAGAGGGCUCUGGUGCAGAUGUGUUCCUUGACUGAGAUGGCACUAAGGCACUUUCAGGAUUUGGAGAUAAACAUCACCCCAUGCGACUUGUGAGUCAAGUCUGCUGCAUGCUAUGAUUAUCAUUUUUCCAUCAAUUUCCAAAAGAUGUUCUUGAUGCAAAUGGGAAUGGGUCAAUUUUUAUGUCAAAAGUAAAGUUCCUACCAUAUAACACCAUCCUUCGAGGUUGGGCUGGUUAUUUUGCAAAUGCUGAUUUUGUUGGUGAAAACUGUCAUGCAGCUUCCAAGUGUAUAUAUCUGGAUCUGCUGAGUUUGCAAGGUCUGAUUUUAUCUGGAUAUCCUGUAAUCUUCAUUUGAUGUUAGUAAUUCUGCUCUCGACACAACGGAGGUGGAUUAAGAUGAUUCUUGAGCAGCUCCUUCUUGCGAUUAUAUCAUUCCUAUUUGUGGAGCAGUGUUGAUGAUACACAUUGGACACAAGUUCUGUUGCCUUGGUUUUUCUUGGUUGUCUAAAAUUUUUGUGGUACAAUUGUAUAUCAUUUUCUUGAUCCUUCUAAAGGAGUGUAACUUCUGGGCUUCUCAUAGGCCUUGUAAUUUCAACUUGCUGCCUAAGUCCCCAGAACUCAGGUCCAAUUGAGCAUCCACCUCUGUGUCAUUUAGUUUUUGUUUAAGCACCUCUAGGUUGGUCUGGCCACUCAUAAUUGUUUAGAUGUUUUUGAGGCAGUAAUAAACUCAAACAUGCCAUUUAUGUAAUGCCAAGCUAUUAUUCUCAGGAGAUGUUGUAGGCAAUUAUGUUUUUAUUUUUUAGGGCAGUGCCAGAAUUCAAUGAGGUUAUUAUGAUCUCAAAUUGUAAUUCUGCCAAGAAUUUUUGUGUAUGAUAGUAUGAUUGAAGCAUCUUCUUAUAUUUUUGUUACUUAAGGGCUUUGUGGGAGAACAUUGCUUCUCACUAAAUAUGAUGCUUUGUGAAGGACAAGAUAUUGCAUCUUGAACUAGAAGUAAGGUGCUCAUUGGUUAGGGUUGUGCUAGUGUCUGGGAUUAUGUUUUCAAGCCUAAACCCUAUUGAUGCCCUACCACUCCAUUACCCAUAUAAUUGGAUACAGACUUUAGAUUAGGUUGGAAUUGAUCCAGGUCAACUUGGAAUACAUGCAAGUUGGUUUGGAUUUGGGUUAUCAGUCAUGUAUAUCUUUGCCAGAAGGAUGCUAUUGCGCAUUUUCUUUUCCCUUCUCUAUUAAAAAUUAGAUUCUUCAGCUAGUGCUUUUCCAUUUUUUAUCUUGUGGGGAUGUCGUGAGGCGGACGUGCAGCCAAGUAUGUUUUACCUUUUGAUUUGCUUCUCUGGAGAAUCCAUAUAUAUGAUGGAGCUUAUACAGUUAUACUCAUCUCUCUCAAAACCUUCGAACAAAGAGAAGUGAGAGAUGAAACCACCAAGCCCAUAUUAAGUCUUCUGUUGAGGCUGAGACAUCAGCAUUUGCAGAUUCAAAUACCACAAGAAAAGGCCAAACACAGUUUUUAGACAAGAGCUAGUUGUUGGUUGGAUGCAGGGAAAGGCAAUGGAGAUGGAAAUGUACACAGGCAUCAUACCAUACCUAUGUGGUAUGUUUAAUCAAUCAAGGCGUAGGCGGGGAUUUCAAAGGCUUAGGAUGGGAGACUUGCCUGAACCUGGUCCGAUUCAUCGGAAAUUCCGAAUUGCUGGCAUGGUAGUCAUCCUACUGAGGAAGUGGAGGAAGGAAAGCGAGGCUGGGCAUAUGGCUGAGGUGUAAUGUGCUUCUCUCCAGUUUAAAAUUAGUAGUAGUUGAUUAUGCUUAUGUAAACCAAUUUGGUAUUGCAACAACUUUUACCUAUGGUGUGGAUGUGGCAUGUGGAGUGAGAAUUUGAUUUGGCAUGGCAAUUGAUUCUU